CCCUCCCCAGGGGAGGGCCCAGGCUCGGCCUUAAAACCGGGAGCAGGUCCCGGCGAGCGGGGGCGACGGGGGCGAGGAUGGGCGUGCUGGGCUGGCUCGUGGCCUCCGCGCUCUGCGCCGCCGUGCGGGGACGGGACCAGGGGCUCUCCCGGCCGCUGCCCCACUUCGGAUCCAUCUACCACGUCAGAGGGGUCAUCAACCUGCCCUACGCGGAGAUCGAGGAGCCCUUCGAAGCCUGGUACAACCUGACGGGGAACAAGAGCCGGAUCCAGUACUAUGGGGGGCAGGUGAUAACGUACCAGCUGGCGGGGGUGAAGCCCUACGGGAUGCAGUACAAAAUCACUCCCGAGACCACCGAGAAGGAGGUGAACGCCAGGAAAUGCUUCCAGCUGCCCGGCUCCAAGGAGGACGUGGUCAGGAUCCAGAGCGUCUUCCCCAGCCUGGAGGGCUUCAAGUUCCUGCGGGAGGAGUACUACCAGGGCCGGUACUGCGCCGUGUGGCAGAACGUCACCCUCUGGGCGCAGAAGAAGAACGUCUACACCCUGUGGGUCACCAACUCCAGCUGCGGGGUGGCCCCCGUCCACUACGAGAUGCGGGGCUACAACAGCCUGCUGGGCUCCCACUACGACAAAUACGAAAUCUCCUACACCGACUUCGACAACAGCUUCCCCUCCUCCGUCUUCGACAUCCCCGUGAACGAGACGAAGAAAUGCGGGCUCCUGCCGGGGAGCACAGCGGAGCACCGGGUGCUGGCCAACCCCAUGGAGGACCUGGUGGGGCGGCACCAGCCGCGGGCGCACGAGGUUUUCCACCACUACCGGCGGCGUUUUGGGCGGCGCUACGGCUCGGCGCGGGAGCUGGAGCACCGGCAGCACGUCUUCGUGCACAACAUGAGGUUCGUGCACUCCAAGAACCGCGCCGCGCUCUCCUACACGCUGGCACUGAACCACCUGGCCGACCGCACGCCCCAGGAGCUGGCGGCACUGCGGGGCCGUCGCCAGCGGGGCCCCAACCACGGGCUGCCCUUCCCUGCCGAGCGCUACGCCGGCCUCAUCCUGCCCGAGAGCCUCGACUGGAGGAUGUACGGCGCGGUGACCCCCGUGAAGGACCAGGCUGUCUGCGGCUCCUGCUGGAGCUUCGCCACCACGGGUGCCAUGGAGGGUGCCCUCUUCCUCAAGACCGGCGUGCUGACCCCGCUGUCCCAGCAAGUCCUCAUCGACUGCUCCUGGGGCUUUGGGAACUACGCGUGCGACGGGGGCGAGGAGUGGCGAGCCUACGAGUGGAUCAAGAAGCACGGCGGCAUCGCCAGCACCGAGUCCUACGGCAGCUACAAGGGGCAGAACGGGCUGUGCCACUACAACCAGUCUGAGAUGCUGGCCAAGAUCACGGGCUACGUCAACGUCACCUCGGGCAACAUCACGGCGGUGAAAGCUGCCAUCUACAAGCACGGCCCCGUGGCCGUCAGCAUCGACGCCUCGCACAGGACCUUCUCCUUCUACUCCAACGGCGUCUACUACGAGCCCAAGUGCGCGAACAAGCCGGGGGAGCUGGACCACGCGGUGCUGGCCGUGGGCUACGGGGUGCUGCAGGGGGAGACCUACUGGCUCAUCAAGAACUCCUGGUCCACCUACUGGGGCAACGACGGCUACAUCCUCAUGGCCAUGAAGGACAACAACUGCGGGGUGGCCACCGAGGCCACCUACCCCAUCCUGGCCUGAUGGCACUUGCCAGCUCUGCGGGGGGAACCUGCGGGCACCCAGCCCCGAGCAGAGCCUUCGAUGUGACCCGGGGUGCGGGAGGGAGGUGGGGACCUGGGGGGACCCCCACGGUGCAGGAGGAAAAUCGGACGUGGAACAAGAUGGGAACGUGGUGGGACAGGGCUGCUGGGAAAUCAGCCGUGGGCUUGCCAAUAAAGACCCCAGAAAAAAUAAA